AUGCAAUUGAGACACGUUCCUUUCUCGGCGGGUAUAUUUUCGCUUUCCAAACCGCAGCUUGUCACUCGUUCAUUCGCAACGCCAUACUGUCGACGGCGUUUUAGAACGGCGACCACGGUUCCUGGGGGCGCUCCUGACUUUGCCUUUGCUUUUGACAUAGAUGGCGUCCUCCUUCGAGCUUCCAGACCUCUCCCAGGGGCUUCACAAACGUUAUCUCUCCUCCAGAAACAACGCAUUCCUUUCAUUCUGCUCACAAAUGGAGGGGGUAUGUCGGAGAAUGAAAGGGUAUCUCAGCUGAGUGAUAGGCUAGGCGUGCCGCUCGGCCCUGAGCUGAUCAUCCAAAGCCACACACCAUAUACAGAACUCGUGAGAGGUAAAGAGGAUCAAGAGCCGCUUGAGAAUAAGACGGUCUUAGUAGUCGGUGGAGCUGGCGAUAAAUGUCGGGAUGUUGCGAAGCAGUACGGGUUUAAAUCCGUUCUAACUCCUGGUGACAUAUUUAUGGCUCAUCCAUCCAUUUGGCCCUUCUCAUCGGCCUUUAAGAAUUACUAUGAAGGAAUUACACAGCGUUUUACCAAAUUGAUAGAUCCAAUAGACCCUUCCAAGUGCCUAAAGAUCGAUGCAAUCCUAGUCUUCAAUGAUCCAAGAGAUUGGGCCCUUGAUAUCCAGAUCAUUAUUGAUCUCCUACUCUCGCGAGACGGUAUUGUUGGGACAAUAUCAGACAAGAAUAACAGAGAUGACCUUCCAAACCGUGGUUACCAACAGGAUGGCCAACCGCCACUCUAUUUUUCUAACCCUGAUCUACUCUGGGCAGCUGGCUACCAUCAACCACGCCUCGGCCAAGGGGGUUUUUGCGCAGCCCUUGAAGGUGUCUGGGCCGCAAUGACGGGUGGACCCGCGUCAGGGGUGGAAUUACUGAAAACCAUGAUCGGGAAACCACAUACGUUAACUUACGAUUUUGCUGAGCAGAGGUUGGUAGAGCUGAGAAACAAUCGUUUUCAAACGCCUAAUCUAGCUUCCCUGAAGACAGUUUAUAUGAUUGGCGACAACCCCGAAUCUGAUAUCAGAGGCGCUCAUUCCUAUUCCAGCUCUGCAGGUAUAAACUGGGUUCCUGUGCUAGUGAAGAGUGGGGUGUACAGUGGUGGAACACCCACAUGGACCCCUAAAACCAUAGUAGAUGGAGUUGUUGAAGCUGUCAAUUGGUCUCUAGGCCAGUCGAACUGGAAAUCAUCAUCCAGCUAA